ACAGUUAGGGGUUAACAGUUAUGCAUUCCCCCCUCGAGCCUUUUUAAAUUAACUACCUCGCACUAAACCAGUUAUUUUUUUCAAACCAGCAUCUUUCAAACUGAAGAAUAACAGUAGCUUAAUUCAACAGCUAGCUAAACUAACUGAACUCACACUUCAGAAAGAGCAGGACGAAUUCACUUUGCUGAUUCACGAACGAAAACAUGUCGGACAACUUAGAGAAUAUCUCUGAGAAUAUGGCCAAGCUGACGCUGAAGAGGCUGUCGGCCGAGGAAGAGUUCCCAGAUCUCAGUCAGCACAACAACCACAUGGCCAAGUUCUUAACCCUGGACAUUUACAAGAAGCUGAGAGAGCGGGCUACACCCAACGGCUUCACCAUAGAUGGUGUCAUUCAGACAGGGGUUGAUAAUCCUGGCCACCCCUUCAUCAUGACCGUGGGCUGCGUCGCCGGAGAUGAGGAGACCUACGAGGUGUUCAAAGAGCUGCUGGACCCCGUGAUCGAGGACCGACAUGGAGGCUACAAACCCUCAGACAAGCACAAGACCGACCUGAACCCAAGCAACCUGAAGGGUGGUGAUGACCUCGACUCCAACUACGUCCUGAGCUCCCGAGUGCGAACCGGCCGCAGCGUCCGCGGCUUCUGCCUGCCGCCUCACUGCAGCCGAGGAGAGAGGCGCGCUGUGGAGAAGCUCUCCAUCGAAGCUCUGGCCUCCCUGAGUGGAGACCUGAAGGGGAAAUAUUACGCCCUGAAGAACAUGACGGAAGCAGAGCAGCAGCAGCUCAUCGACGACCACUUCCUGUUUGACAAGCCAGUGUCUCCUCUGCUGCUGGCCUCAGGGAUGGGCCGCGACUGGCCUGACGCCAGGGGCAUCUGGCACAACGAUAACAAGACAUUCCUGGUGUGGGUGAACGAGGAGGACCACCUGCGUGUGAUCUCCAUGCAGAAAGGCGGGAACAUGAAGGAAGUGUUCGAUCGCUUCUGCACCGGACUCACCAAGAUUGAGACCCUGUUCAAGGAAAGAAACCAUGCCUUCAUGUGGAAUGAGCACCUGGGCUACGUCCUCACCUGCCCUUCUAACCUGGGCACCGGCCUGCGUGCGGGUGUGCACGUCAAGCUGCCAAACAUGAGCAAACAUGCCAAGUUCGAGGAGGUUCUCAAGAAGCUGAGGCUCCAGAAACGUGGAACUGGUGGAGUGGACACGGCCGCUGUGGGCGGAGUCUUUGACAUUUCCAACGCCGACAGACUGGGCUUCUCCGAGGUGGAGCUGGUGCAGAUGGUGGUUGACGGAGUCAAGCUGCUGGUGGAGAUGGAGAAGAAGCUGGAGAAGGGCCAGUCCAUCGACGACAUCAUGCCCGCCCAGAAGUAAAACCAUCCCGACGCCCAACCCCCGCCCCCCCCCCCCCGUCCCCUCUGUCUGAAUGAAUGUUUGACUCUGUCCUGAAACGCACUCAGUUUGGACUUGUUAGUGUAUUUAAAAUGAAACGGUUCCUGUGAGAAUGGAAAUGCAAUAAAUAAAAAAAAA